AUGUUCGAGUCAAAGCAGUUGAACUCCCGUGAUCUGUGGACAGCUUGUGCAUUAAGUGGAAAGCUACUACGAGAUCCAAUAGUAAGCGACUACAAAGGUCGAUUAUACAACAAAGAAUCAAUCCUAGAGUAUUUGCUGACCCCAGAGAAAUUUGGUGCAUCUCAAAGGGCUAAAGUCACAUAUAUAACAGGGAUUAAGGACAUUGUAGAGCUGAAAAUCACUCGAGAGAGCAAAUCACAGACAUGGAUCUGUCCAUUGACAGAGAAAGAUAUAGUUAAGGAAUCAGCUUCACAGCGAUUUGUAUAUAUCGCUGAAUGUGGACACCUCAUGACAGAGAAGGCAAUACGACAAAUGACCAUGGUCGAUAAUGCUAAAGACCAUGGAAAUGGGACGGCAAAUGGAUCCAGUGCAGAGAGCAGUCUGAAUCAUGGAGACAGAGAUAAUAAGAAAGAGUACUGUCCAGUAUGCGACACGGAGUACAUACCAGUAAAUCUUGUCACUGUGAAUCCUAGCAUACCCGAACUUGUCAAAAAGAACGAGGACCGUAUGAAACUGCUUGCUGAGCUGGGACUAACUCAUUCUCUAAAACCAAAAAAGAAGAAGGAAAAAGAGAAGAAAAAACAGAAGUCGUCUACCGAAAAGAAACGGAAAUCGCUGACAACUUCAGACGAUGUUCCUGCGAAGAAGACCAAAGUGCCUGUCGAUACGUGA